UAUCAAUGAAACCACUGAGUCACAAGCAGCCUGUAUCUGUUACAUAGCUUGCUGUAAAUAUGUACAGAAGCACUGUUGCUAUUUCUCUGUUAGUGGCGAUUAUUACAGGGACGUGCAAGACACAAGAUAAUGAGUACUUGCAAUGCAAUACUUGCGUUAGCGAAGUCAAUUAUGCCAGCAGGGAUCCCGGAUGUCCCAUCUCUGGCGAGAACGUCAACAUUCAAACAUGUCCACAAAAUUUCGAUCGUUGUAUCUCGUAUCGAGCACGUAAUAUACUCACGGGAAAGAUGGUGUUUCGACGACAUUGCGCUAAUCAAAAGAUUUGUAAAUUGCAGUGUUUGUUUAAACAGCACUUUGAUUGUGAAAAAAGUUGUUGUAUAAAUGACUUGUGUAAUGACAGGAAAUUGGAAGUAUACAAGGUAGGAACUACGACACCUAGGACAAUAAAACAAACCAUAACGACAAAAUCAACAAAAACAACUGCUACAAUCAAAACCAAGAUACCCUCUACACCACCACCUACAAAGCCUAACGUCGCAAAGUCCACGUCAACCACUGCUAUCCCAGAAUUCACCACGACCAGUAAUGUUCAACACAGUACUACUAAAAAAGGAAAACCCACCACACAAGAAUAUAUAACGACAACAGAAGAACAAUUAUUAGGAGGACCAACAGACCAGGAAAUAUCAACAGGGAAGCCAAAUCCCAAUUGCAGAGAUCGUAGAAAAGAGUGCCCGCUAUAUGCUAGUUAUCCAGCGUAUUGUCAAUAUACAAGAAACUUCAUGUUAGUCCACUGUCCAGAAAGUUGUAAAUUUUGUGAAAGAAUUCCAAGAGGAGCAAGAACAAGACCAACUACAAGUGGUACAACAACUGUAAGUUUUACAGAAGUACAAACAACCAGCAAUCGUGUGAUUGAAGGACCAAGUAAAGGUUGUGAGGAUAAACGUAAAAGAUGUGGACAUUUUUCAAAUUUUGAUGGAUACUGCGGGUAUCAUAAAGGUUUUAUGAUGACAUACUGUCCUCUAUCCUGCAAUUUUUGUGAUGAAGUGCGCCUUCCAGAAUCUCCAACCAAUCCGAAAACAAAAGAACCUGCGAUAACCAAGGAGCCAACAAGUACAUCAAAGACAACAAUGGCUCAACAAGAAACAACUAACAGUUUUGAUGGGGAAGACUUGAAUGACGGAUGUGUUGACUUAAGAGAAAACUGCACAUUUUACGCAACAAAAUAUGAUGGAUAUUGCGAGUACAAUAAAGAUUAUAUGGAGAUUUAUUGUCCAUUUUCUUGUGGAUAUUGUGGAACAACAUCAAUAGAGAAUGCUUUUCCUCAUCCUCCAAUUUUCCAUAAUGGCCAUAACGUGAGAGAUUUUCCAGAUUUUCCAGCACCCCCCGUCAGUAAAGAUGCAAGAUGGUUAACUCUAUCUUGCAAUGAGUGUAAAAAUGGUGAACAAGAAUGUUUUUCCAAAUGUAUUGUUAUUCUCAAGGAUGGUACAUAUGAACCAACAGGAAAUAACGUAUGUAAAAAAUUGCUUGGGCAGCCAGAGAAAAUUAUACCUUGUUAAUAAAUCUAUAUAAUGGAAUGUAGAAUAAUGACUUGUUGAAUACUCUACGUUUUCAAAUGUAAUCUUCAAACAACCAUGUAUGGAUGACUAGAGACGAUGUAAUAUUUUGUUCUCCAAUAUAUUUAAGUCCAGCGUCAAUUACCACAAACCUUAAAUUGCCUUGUUUUCUUUUUUCAAAAAACUGGAACAAAGUUUUGCUCUCGAAGAUGGAUAUUUUAUUUAAAUAGUAAAUGAUUUACCUGUAUAAUAGAGAUAGACAUCAUAACUUUUAAAUUGUAACUUGCAGUUAUAUGAUAUUGUGCAACCACAAUUGAAGAUCUUUUAAGUCAUUCUCAUCAUUGCCUUUGGCACUACAUUCAAUAAAAUCAACUUUCAUUGAA